AUGGAAGCAAACUUUGCAAAUAAUUUGCAAAUUGUCUGCUCGCUGGUUGUUGAGAGAAUUUGGGAAGAGAUGGGAGAGCAAGAGAGAAAUUACUUGUUGAAAGAAAUUAUUCGACCUGAGAUGAGAUUAUUAUUCGAAAGUGCAACAGAUAAUGCUAGCAACUGUUUAGAAAUGGAAUUGCAAAAAAUAGAUUGCGUUGAAAUAUUGGUCAAUCUGUGGAAAAUUUCCUUUUUUAGAGAGUUUUAUGAAUUGGUGUGGAGUAGAGGUGGAAUUUCAAUGUACGAAAAUGUUAAGGAAUUAGUUUUGAGAAUUGAACGUGGGAAAAUAUUUUCUCCCUAUUCAUUGAUUUCUUCCACAUCUAAAGGAAUUUCAAUAUACGAAACUAUUACGAGACGAAACACUGAAAUUCAAGUGAUUGAUGUUGUGGGAAGGAGAAAUUCAAGAAAGAUUUGGAUUCAUUUCUUUGAGGAUGUUCAUACAUUAGUUUACAUGGUUUCUCUUUCAGAAUUUAAUCAAACUAUAAUGGAAGAUGACAGUGUUCAAAGAAUGGACGAAUCUCUAUCCCUAAUUGGUGAGGUUAUGAAUACGAGAUGGUUUAUUCCUUCUCGUAAGAUCAUUCUCUUUGUAAAACCAGAUAUUCUUUGUAAAAAAUUGGAAAAUGGAGUGAAAUAUGAUAGAGAACUCGUUUCGAAUAUUUUACCAGAAUUAGAAAGAUCAGAAAUUGCUAAUCAUUAUCUUAAACUAGUUAUCAACUCGAUCAUUACACAAUAUUUCAAGAAAAUAGAUAGAAAUACACUUGAUUCCUAUCAUAUUGUUAAUGCUACCUCAGAAGAUGAUAUCAAAUCUGUUUCUGAUAUAAUCUUUGGAGAAACUCAAAAAACAACUUUCAUCUCACCAUGCAUAAAAUGUCCAUCUGCACAAUUGUCCGAACAUUCACUCCGUUUUCAUCUUAAAAAAAUGGCCAUUUCAAAUCUUGCGUGCUCACUCAUCAAAUCGAUUUUAAAAUUAUUAUUCUUGGCUGCGAUCGGGUUGAUUGGAUUGAUGGCAUUCCGAACCUAUACAUUUAAUAUGAAAAUUAUUAAAGAAAGAGAUUUGGAAUUUUCAAAGAGAAUUGAACAAUCAAAGGCUUCCGAACAAUUUAGUAAAUUAAAUUGGAGCAAGGAGGAACAGGCUGAUGCAGUGUUGAGAUUGGCUAGGGCUAUUCAGAAACCAACUAUUGAUUAUCAGAAGGAUAAACAACUUUUCCAUGAAUUGUUUGAUCAAAUGGUGAAGGAUUUCCCACUUUUAUUCUCUGAAAGUGAGGGAGUUUUGGAGGAAAUUACUCAAGAUAUUAUUCAAAGUGAAGUUAAGGGAGAGGAUGAUUUUCUUGCUUCGAGAGUUUGGGUAUGGAGAGGAAGUGAUAAGGAAAAGAAACCAGUUCUAUUGACUGGACAUGUGGAUGUUGUGCCAAUCAAUGAUGAAUCUAAAUGGGAAUAUCCACCAUUUAGUGGUAAACAAGUGAAUGGUUUCUUGCAUGGAAGAGGCACAUUGGAUGAUAAGAAUGGAGUUUAUGAAAUUUUGGAAGCUCUUAAUCAAUUGAGAAGAGAAAAUUUAUUGGUUAAACCUCAAAGAGAUACCUAUGUUGUUAUUGGUAUGGAUGAAGAAAUUGGAGGAGUUCAUGGAGCUGCCAAAGUUACUUCAUACUUUUUGAAGAAGAAUGUCAGAUUUGCAUUUGUUUUGGAUGAAGGAGGUCAAAUUGCUGACCAACAAUUUCCAGGUGUUGCCUCUCCAAUUGCCUUUGUUGCCAUUGCAGAAAAGGGCUAUUGUAAUUUCGACAUUCAAGCCAAUUGUAAUCCAGGUCAUGCUUCCAUGCCAGGAAGAACUAGCUGUAUUGGAACAUUGUCAAAGGCCAUCCUUGAAAUUGAAAAUAAUCCAAUGCCUGCCCAUUUACUUAAACCAAUCAUUCAUAAUGUUCUCCUCAGUUUGGCUCCACACUCUGAAGGUUAUAUCAUGAAGGCCAUUGUUGCAAAUCUUGAUAUUUUGGCCUAUCCUUUGAGUAUUGCAUUGUCUUAUAUUGGUGGUCCACCAAAUGCUUUGGCUAGAACUAGCUUUGCUCCAACCAUUGUGGCUGCUGGUGUCCAAAGUAAUGUAAUGCCAUCUAAGGCAAACUUUAUUCUCAAUACUAGAUUCUCUCCGUAUGAUAAUUUGCAAAGUGUCAAGAGCCACUUGGAAAAGGUUGUCAAUCAUCCAAACAUUACCGUCACACCUUUAAUGAUCGAUUGUCAAGAAGCUUCCUCUGUAUCUUGUGUUGAUUGUGUAGAGUUUGAAGUUGUAAAGAGAGCAAUUAAUCAUAUUCAACCAGAUGUGAUUGUUUCACCUUAUUUAUUUAUUGCUGGUAGUGAUAGCAAGUAUUAUAGAAAGUUGAGUGAUUUUGCAUAUGGCUAUUUGCCAAUGAGACUCGUAAAGAAGACUGAAGAUCUCCAAAGAAUUCACGGUCACAAUGAAAGAAUCCUCAUUCAAAACUAUUUAGAAUCAGUCACAGUCUACUCUUCCAUUAUUCUCAACAUUAAUCAAAUGUUAGCCGAAAGACCAUAAAAUUGAUUCCACAGUUAUUUCUUUGCUCUCUUUCUCUUCUUUUGGUGACGUUGCUGUAAUUUUUGUUUUUCGUGAGCUACUUGAUUAGGGUGAAUUGAAGAGCCCAUAUGUUCAGCAAUCUUCUUAUUACUAUCAUGUCCAUAACCAAAUAAUUUUAAACCUUCUUGGAAUUUCUUUCUUUCCUCCUUAGUCCAAGCUUUGGUAUAUUUUGUUUGAUAACUUUUCCUCAAAUCAAACAUCUCAUCAGAUUCCAUUAAUUUGUUAUAAUUUGUAAUAGAUUCUUCAUCAGUUUCCUUUCCAUAAAA